AUGGAGAAUCCUCACCUAGUGCCCGACGAAAGGGGACAUGAGAAAAUGGUUAAGCAGUGGAAUGGAAGAGAAGAUGAAGGUAGUGAUUCCACACCAUUGAGCAAGACCCAUCGAAGAGCACACAUGAACAAAUUCUCAAGUGUCCUGAUUAGAGUUAUCCUAGGCAAAAAACAUAUGGGAAGAGAACAACUCCAGUUGGUUUAUACAAAGGAGAAAGUUUAUCACUGCAAUAAGUGGAACAGAGGUAUCAAACGUUCAUACACUCAUAUACGCAAAAGUGCGGGAACAUCUGGCGCUUUGCAUAGCAUCUGCACAACUCACCCAGGUAGCUCAAAGGAAAAGGAUACAAAUGAGGAGGUUUUCCACUCUAAAAAGGAACUAAUUAAAAAGUGCUACCAAUACCAAAGGAGGGUGCGUCAAAUGUUAAAAAGAUAUAAACAAGUCAUUCAAAAUAGGCAAGACGAUGUAGAGGGGGAAAAUAACUCCAGGUAUUUCUUGCUGACACCAAGGAGGAAUCUGCAUCUGAUACGCAAUGGGAAGAAAAAGGAUCCAUCAUUAAUGAGGAGAAAAAUGUCCCCCAAAAGAUUAAACGAUUGUUACAUGAACGAGUGGAAUGUCCCCCACAAAGGAGUACUUAAAAUUUUAAGUGGGAUUACAGCACAUAUAUCACUUACUUCCAAGCGUUGGAAACCGAAGGGGGAGAAACUCAGCGCCAAUGAACAGAUAACCCACCUGAUAAGGGAAAAGGAGUCCAUUUUAAGCCUAUGCAAGAGGGUUAAAAAUGUAGUGCUUCUCAUGGAAAGCGAAAAUUUUGAAGUAAUCACAAAAUGCAUGGAGAUUAUGAAAUCUUUCAUUCAUACAUAUGGAGAAACCUUUCUAUGGCUUCUACACAUAUUGCGACAGCAGGAUGUGGAUUCCAAGACAAGUGCUUCUAUAACAGUUCAGCGUAGAAGGGGAGACUGCACAAGAAAACAGAUCAAGAGAGUUGAGAACGGAUUUGCCAAGAAGUGUCCAUCACAGAUUGAGAGUCUAUUUUCUCCAAAGAAGCUUCACUCCUUUGUAUAUCUCUUUACGCGAGUGUUUACCUCUUAUGUCUAUUUGCUUUUUCACGCUCUGCGCAAGUAUAAGGGGAACUUACAAAAGAGAUGUGUUUUGCUAAAAAUUGCAAUUAUUAACAAGGGUGACACAUCAUACAAAAGGGUAGAGCAUGAUAAAGUAUCAGUCAAGGGUGGGAUCAAAGUACCACCCGCACCAAACGUGGAGUUUACCAAGAAAGGUGAACCCAAUUAUUAUAAAAGCUUCUUUAUCGCUAUCAUCUGUAAACUUUCCAGUAGUAGCAACUUUGCAUUUCUACCUUUUUCGAAGAGUGAAACCCAUGUGAAGGAUGUAAAACUUGUCUUUGUCUACCUCCUUCAGACCCUCUUAAGAAUCAUAAGGAAGAGUUAUCAGAAGAGGGACAAUCUCCAUUUGGAGAAAAAAAAAAAUGAACAUUGCACAAAUUGUGAAGUAAGAUUGGAGCGAGUAGCACAUCUGGUUGAGGAGCAAAUUUUGUGCAUCCUUUUAAAAAAAAAAUUUUUUUUUCACUUUGAAGAACUUCUCAUAUAUGGUGAUGAGAGUAAGGAGGGGAGGUCUCCUACUGGAUGUCCUCUCAAAUGGGCUGAGCAUAUUAUUCACCAAAUUUUAAAGCAACGCAGGAGGGAACAGUUUUGGCUUCGAAAAUAUUAUAAGAUGUAUCUUCACUUUCUGAGGUAUAUCGAAAGGGUUCACUUUUUCAAAGGAGAAAAAAUUAUGCCCCUCAAGAAGAGACAUUAUUUUUCAUUUUACAAUGGAGAGGAAUCAUUUCGAGACGAAGGAAAAGGGGUAUGGUUGUCCUGUUUUAAAGAAAAAUUUAGAAAAAUAAAAAACGAGUUUUAUAUACACAUGGGAAAAAAGUACUUUCUGCUCUUCACAAUCAUGUCUUGUUCGAAAGGGUCCCAAGGGGCGACUCCCUUUUUGAAAAUAUUUUUAAAAAUUUUAUUUUCCCUAUCGGAGCAGAAGAAUUUCCUUUUGCAGUUUUACUUUUACAGGAUGAGAAUUUUGGAGUUCAUGCUGCACUGUAUUGGAGGAAGUAGCUGUGGAAAUCAGUCACAGGGUAUUUCAUCUAAAGCAGUUGGCAUGCGCAAGGAAGGAGAUGAACAAUCUUCUCACAUACGGUGCAAAGUUCACACCAGUGGAAAGGAGAUAAAGGAAAAAGAUAACCACCCCUGCAUUCUCAGCCCCCCCGAUAGUGGGCAAAGUGAAAAAGUGGCUAAACCGAUUUUUAUUCGACCACUUGCAUUAAAUCGUCUUCAGAACCGCUCUCCGAGAUACUUCGUCCAGAGGAAGUCACCCAUGUUGGAGGAGGGGACCAACGAAUUAUGCACCUCUCUAUCAUCAGAGAUACAUUAUCACCAACAUCAUCGUGGAAAUUCUUGGCGCAGAAUGAAUGGAAAGGCACAACGGUCUGAGGAAAGAACCAAUUCGGUAACUAUAAAUGGGGUAUAUUGUCGGGAGAAGGUUGCACAUAUUGGGAAUGCUCUCCAAAAUAUCGAUGUCGAGACGUGGACAGUCCUCUUGAUUUUUUCCCUCUGUACAUCAUACAGUAGGAAGGACCUGAACUGCUUCUACUUCAAUGAGAAUUACUACGGUCAGUAUGAAGAGGUUAUAGACAGAUUUAACAAUCUCAUCGACGUCUUGAAGGGGAAGACAUGCAGUUUUCCCAAAAUUCCACGCAAGUACGCCCCGCUUGAUGAACUUAUAAACGCGGAGGAAAUACCGAUCAUGAAGGUUUUGCAGAUUCAUUUGAACCAACAGAAUUCACAAAAGCUUCUUCACCGCGUAAAAAAAUACAUACAGGGGAAGGAGAUAUUGCAGAUUCUGUACAACCUUGCCGUGCUUAGCAACAUGAAGCAUUUGCGUUUUGUGAGAAAAAUUAAUGAAGACGGGAAUGGAACGGUACACUUAUGUUCUCAUUCAAUUUUCCGACAUAAACCAUUCAUUAUAAAGUUGAUAAAGAUAGAUAAGCAUAUCAAAGAAAAUUAUGCUUUUAAAAACAUUUUCGAUGAAAUAAAAUACCUCCGAACAUUUCAACAUGUUCAUGGGAGCAUAUGCCAAAUGUAUCAAUACGGGGUUAAAAAAAAUGGCGAUUAUAGAACCUUCACUUAUUACAUACUUAUGCAGCAUUAUGAUGACAAUUUAAAAAAUUAUAUAAAUUAUUUACACAAAGAUUAUUUGCUAAAAAGAGAAAAAAUUGUGUGUGGAAAUUUGUUGCCCUUUGGGGAGUUCCAGGUGAUGGACAGAAAUGGAAAUUUAAUGUUCAGAAAAAAAAGAAUUUUUAAAAAAAUAACAAAUGAAAUCCCCCAAUGGAGGGGACAAUACAAAGAAGGAAAAUCCACAAAAAUUAAUUUAUCAUUAUAUUAUGACAUGUUGAGAAAGAGCAUCCACAUGAAGGUAACCCAGUUACAACACGUAACGCAUGUUUUGAUGUUAUUCGCACAAAUUGUACAAACCGUUAUGCGCAUACAUAGAAGACGGAUAACCCAUUUUGACAUUAACUCAAGUAACAUUUUAGUAAAUUACAACGGAUCUGCUUUGUCAUCAUUAAAUGAGAAAGCUCUUUUCGAUGGAGCCCCAUAUCGUCGGAAUGGAUACCACAAGAAGGGAGAAGAAUUUCUCCAAGAAGGAAAAAAAACAUGUUUUUCAUUUUUUGCACCUUGGAUGAAUUACCUGACCCGUUCAGGCAAAAAAGUAAAAACGAAAAAAAUGGAAAUAACAGGGAAAAGUGGAAGCACAGAGGAAAAUUUAAACUCAAUGAAUAAUAACACAACGGGGGGGAUCAAUCUGGACAGAAUGAGACUCGUGCCCAGUUCGCAGUGUUAUGCUACACCUGUCCAAAGAAGACAUAUCUCGAGUAUGGGUGAAGUUCCUAACCUUCCAUCUAUCGUCAUUAACGACUUUGGAGAAAGUAAAGCCUUUUUCAGCAAUAAGGAUUUCCUAUUUUUUCGAACAAGCAGGGGAAACGAAAUGAUGGCUGCGCCUGAGCUGAUGAAAAUGGGUGCGCGGAAGGAAAAGCGAGGAUGUGGCACAGUUCUAGAUAACCACAUGUUCCGCAUCAACACUGCGGAUUCAGCAAGAAAGUGGCGGCGAGUAAAAAUGUACAAUCGAAUUAAAGGAAAUUCAUCGAACUUUAAAAUUGUUAUCCGAAUGGUAAGAAGCCAAAGCAUUAUCGGCUUGAAGAAAAAAGAAAGUCAUAGCAGUGUGGGAAGAAGCAAUCCCCACAGAUUGAACAUUCGGAAGAUUUCUCCAUUUCGAUAUUGCAAAAAACAGAUUGAUGAAAUGAAGGGACUGCUAAAAAAGAAGCUUUUAAAGAGGCAAAUCUUUCGCACAAGAAGAAGAGACAUCCAAAAAAGCGACGUGUGGUUACUUGGUUUUCUACUUUUCGAAAUGAUUACAAAUGAGGCAUUAACAAAUGAGUGCAAUAAUAUAUUUUUGUACAUAAAGAUAGAUCAGAGGAAAGACCUACUUGAUAAAAUGAUUAACAAAAAAAUUGAUAACAAUUUGAAGAAAAUAAAAAAAUUUUUCCAUUUUUUUUUCCAGUUUGAUGUGAGGAAGAGGAAAUCCAUCGACGAAAUAUAUGCACACUGUCGUCAGCUCUAUCUUUAUUAUGACGCAAAGUUAAGGAGGCAUAGCGAAUUGCUAAAACGGGUUGAGGGAACAGACGUAACUAGUUCCUUUCCAAAGGAAAAACCUCAUAUGCUCAAUGAGGAGGGUGUCUUCCCCACUCGAGGGACAAAUAUUCGACUGUUUCUUUCGCAACACGUGGUAGUAAAAAGUAACGGGAGUUACUCACUCCACACUUUGGAGUCACAUACCCAUCCCGUUACAAAUUAUAAGAAGGAAAAUAAAAUUAUAGCCAAUGACAAGCAUAAUUUCGUCUCUUAUAUCGUUGUGAAGAAUGGACAGUACGCAGAACUGCCUCUGAACGUGCGUUACCCAUCAUGUGUUAGUGGACGCCCCUUCGAAAUGGUGCAAUCUGUGAGGAAUGCCAAAAUGCUGCUCCGCGGACUGACCACAUAUAACAUACUGAAGGUGGGAAAUGUUUACCUCCUUCCUCACAUGGACAAGAAAGGAAAGGAGUUUGUCUGUUUGCCCGAAUUCGGUGAAAGCACAGUUUUUGUUUUUCCCCCGAAGUUUAAUGAACAGCUAAUUUCUCUUUAUAACAGCAGGAAGAGACGCAUCACGCGUAUUCCCACAUUGUAUUUAAAAAAAAAAAUCUUUUAUAAAAAAAGCAAAAACACAAAAAAUGUAUUUUAUAGGCAUCUUAACAAAGUUACGAGGAGAGGUAGCCCAACGUGGAACCACUUGUGUAAACAUAGCAAAAUGAAGAUCUACAAAAAUAAGAUGAAAAAUCUUGUCCAUUUUUUUUUUUUUUUUUUUAUGAACAUUCAGGUAAAAAUCCACCAGCUAGCUAAUUCGACAGAUAAAAAAAAAACAUUUUUUUUUAUUUUGGGAAAUGAAAAAAGUGAGUACCAUGUUAACUCCGUCGAGAAAAUACAUGCAUGGGAACCCUACAAUUUCGCAAAUCUUUUUUUGUUUUUUUUUGUGUGUGUCACGUUGAAGACAGAUCCAGUGGAUUUAUUUUUCCUUUUGCAAACGAACGAGUUCUUUUCUUUGUCAGAAAUGGACACUGUUUUGUUGCAACUGCUUAUGCGUACCUUUUUUUUAAGUUAA